UAGAGGCUCUUAAACUGCAAGAGAGCCCUUGUCAAGAAGCCCAGCCCCAUUGCCCAAAUAUCCCAGCGCGCGCGCGUUUCCUGCCGAAUGGACUUCGCGUUGAAUGCGCCCCGGCCUUUAUGACGCGCGCCGCUCACAUUUAAGAAGAACCCCCAGACCUCAGCUACUCUACUGUAGUCCACACAAAGGACGCGCCGAUCCGGAUUGCAGAAUGACACUGUAGAACGUGUCUCGAUUCGAAUUCAGCUGGAACGCCGCGGUUCGAAAAUCCGCUCUGCGUUAUGAGAGAAACGGAUACGGGAAUGUUGGUUUCCUGCGGACGGAUAUAAGUUUAAGAGCAUUUAUUACUCGAUCUUCAUUUCUACAUUACGUCAAGGGGGGAUAAACGCACGGGCCGGGGGGCAACACUCGUUUGCUUUCAUUGAGAAGAGGGACAUCGAUUUUAUUCGUGCAGACGUCUUCGUGACUGUCCAUUUCAUUCUGUGGCUGUCUGAUUACUAGCCGUGCUCCCGAAGCCUCUGUUCUCACAAUGCAGUUUCGGACAGUUUUGGAUGUAAAAGUGGUGGAUGUGCAGAAGAGGAGGAAUCCAUCCAAACAUUACGUGUAUCUCAUCAAUGUCACAUACUCUGACUCCACGUCCCACGUCAUCUACAGAAGAUACAGUAAAUUCUUUGACCUUCAGAUGCAGAUUCUUGACAAGUUCCCAAUCGAGGGAGGGCAGAAAGAUCCCAAAAAAAGGAUUAUCCCAUUUCUUCCAGGCAAAAUCCUAUUUCGACGAAGUCAUGUGAGAGACGUGGCCAUGAAGAGACUACGCUUUAUUGAUGACUAUUGUAGAGCGCUGGUCCGGCUUCCUCCCCAGAUCUCGCAGAGUGAAGAAGUUCUCCGCUUCUUCGAGACCAAACAAGAUGAUAUCAACCCUCCCGCAGAGGAUUAUGGAUCCAAACGCAAGUCGGUUUGGAUGUAUGGCCUUCAGGACAGUCCAACAAAAUCUGAGGCCUCAGGAUUGGACAGCAGUGAGCCCAUGGUGCUGGAGCAGUACAUGGUGGUGGCCAGCUACGAGCGGCAGGAGAACUCGGAGAUCAGUCUGAAGGCUGGAGAGAUGGUGGACGUAAUCGAGAAGAGCGAAAGCGGCUGGUGGUUUGUCAGCACAGCUGAAGAACAAGGCUGGGUUCCUGCCACAUACCUGGACUCUCAGAGCGGCACCAGAGAUGAUCUGGACCUGGGAACAUCUAGAUCUGGAGAAGUUACUAAGAGACGUAAGGCUCAUCUGAAGAGGCUCGACCGGAGAUGGACGCUAGGGGGAAUAGUCAACCGCCAACAGAGUCGAGAGGAGAAAUAUGUCACUGUCCAGGCAUAUACCAGUCAGGGAAAGGAUGAGAUCGGGUUCGAGAAAGGAGUAACCGUGGAGGUCAUCCAGAAGAACCUGGAGGGAUGGUGGUACAUCAGGUAUCAGGGUAAAGAGGGCUGGGCCCCAGCCUCAUACCUUAAAAAACUGAAAGAUGACCUUUCCCCAAGGAAGAAGACGCUGACAGGCCCUGUGGAGAUUAUCGGAAACAUAAUGGAGAUCAGUAACCUCCUCAGUAAGAGGGCUGUAAGCGAGAAGGACAUUCAAACUGACGGAGAGGCCAUCAGCCCUGAGCGCCACAUCUCCAAAAGUGAAAUCAGUUUACCAAUCACACAUGCCCCAGAGGCUGGAGUGGCACCCACAGUGGUCGCUGGUUUGGGAAUGAACUCUGGAUCUAGCGCCGCCCUACAGGAGAACAAGAGCAGGGCAGAGUCGGGGUCACCUGCCAUAGCCCGGGUGGCACCACACAGAGUUGAGAUAGGAUCUCCAAACCUCAGACAUAAACCUCCUCCUCGAAGAGAUACAAAUCUGGCAUUCCAGUUACCCAAACCUCCAGAGGCCCCUACAGUGGAAGCAGAGUACUACACCAUAGCAGAGUUUCAAUCCAGUAUCUCAGAUGGCAUCAGCUUCCAUGGAGGACAAAAGGCUGAUGUCAUAGAGAAGAAUUCUAGUGGUUGGUGGUAUGUCCAGAUCGGGGAUAUGGAGGGCUGGGCACCAUGUUCCUUUAUCGAUAAACGCAAGAAGCCCAACCUGAGCCGGCGAACCAGCACACUUACCCGCCCUAAAGUUCCACCCCCUGCUCCACCAGUCAAGAAACCAGACUCAGAGGAAUCAUCUUCUCUGGCUAGCUCUGCCUCCAAAGCUCCAGAAUCCCCCACUCAGCGUGUCUAUGAGGAGCCGGAAUAUGAUGUUCCUGCCAUUGGUUUUGACUCCGAUCUGGAAAGCAAUCCUCCAAAACAAAAAACAAAUAAUUCCCCGAAAACAGAGCCUCGUAAGUUUGUAAUUAAAAGCAAUCCAGCAGCUGCUGAAAGGAUUGCACAGGCUGGUAAAGCCUCGCCUUUACUAAAAGUGAUGACUUCCCCCUUGAGGAAAAGAAACUCAUUGGAGAAUGUCAAUAAGGAAGAGGUGAUUUAUGAAAAUGAAGGAUUUAGGUUUUCCUCUGAUGACUUUGCCAGUGGUCGCGAUUCAGAUACCCCAAGGAGUCUCACAUUGGGUCGUAAACCCUUCGGGUCCUCCUCUGGAGGAGGGAAGCCCCUCCGGAAGGUAUCGCCGGAUCUAAGCCGGAGUCACUCUCUUGGCCGUGCUGAGAGACACACCUCCAAGUCAUCAUCAGAUGAAUCAGGACGCAAUCCCAAAAGAGAGCCUGUCAUGCGAAAAGAUGUAGAGAUUCGGGUUGGUCAAAGUCCCUUAGCCAGGCCCAAACCAGUGGUUCGACCCAAACCUCUGCUUACAAAAUCAGAAUCCCAAAGUCCUGAAAGAAUGGACAUCAGCAGCCUACGCCGCCAGCUUCGCCCCACCGGGAGUCUUCGGCAAGGUGCACUCCGUGCAGUACGAGGUGGUGAAGAUUCCGAGACUGCUUCCGUUGUCUCCUCUGAGGAUUCUGUCUCCUCAAGAAGUACCUCCGAUCUCUCCAGCGCCUAUUCCAAAGGUAGCCGAGGUGGGGAAUCUGACCAUGAAAGUGUGCUCUACAGGACCACAGAUGCCUAUGAACGAGCCCAAGAGUCAGAGGUCAGCUUCCCAGCUGGUGUGGAGGUUGAGGUACUGGAGAAGCAGGAAAGUGGAUGGUGGUAUAUCCGUUGGGGCGAUGAUGAGGGUUGGGCACCUACUUUCUAUUUGGAGCCAGUCAAGCGUACCCAUAACGUUGGUGUACAAGAAUCCCCUAAUGGUCCUCUUGUUGAUCUUAGUAGCACCAACAAGUCCAACAGCCUCGAGAAAAAUGAGCAACGUGUUCAGGCACUCAAUAACCUAAACCAGCAGAACAUGAGGAGUAUGAGCAACCCUAGUCCACCAAUCCCAUCCAAACCACCAGGGGGUUUUAGCAAACCAAACCCAAUGCUGAACGGUUCAGGCGUACGGAUGCGUAACGGUGUUCGUCAGGCAGCAGUGCGACCGCAGUCAGUGUUUGUGUCUCCACCACAGCCUCUGAAGGACACCAACAUCCACACAGGGUCUUUGAGAAGAAAUGAAUCACUGGGCGCAGGCGACCACUUGAGGUCCACAGGCGGCGUAAGGCGAAACUCCUCCUUCAAUACUGUUCGACCGCAGCCGGUGACCGAUGUACGGGUCAGGUCUGGGACCACCAUUACAGUACCCGCCGGAAGUUCAAGUCCCCUGACUGCCCAGAGAAACGGAAUUCCAAUCUCUACAGUAAGACCCAAGCCCAUCGAGAAGACGCACCUCAUUCACAACAACCUUCGAGAGGUUUACGUAUCUAUUGCUGACUACCGUGGCGACGAAGAGACCAUGGGUUUCUCAGAGGGCACUAGUCUUGAAGUUUUGGAUAAGAAUCCAAAUGGAUGGUGGUACUGCCAGGCUCUCGAUGGCUUACAGGGACGUAAAGGCUGGGUACCAUCUAACUACCUGGAGAGAAAAAAGUAAUUCCCCAAAAAUGUUUUAAACAUGCACAAUUGUAAUCAAAAUGUAAAAAGACGAACUGACUGAAGGACUUUUGGUUUGAAACGAGACAGACAGAGCCUUUUAGAAAGGAGUUUACAUUCAAACUAGAGUAAUGCAGGUGAAUGUUAAGCAAAAUACCUGCCAUAACUUUAUGCCAAAUUGGUGCCUUCGUACAUCUUUCACUAAAUGUUAAGAGGAAUGGGUCAAAUGCCAGUGAAGCAAUGAAAAUACCAAAUUUCAACUUAGUGCCAUAGGCCUACAAGUACAGAGAGCAACAAACAUAUUUUUGUUACAACAUUAAUGAGAGAAAGGGAUAAUUUCAUCAUAGGUGCAUAACAAAAAGUGCAAAUCCAAUCGGAAGCACAAGAAAUUCCUGUAAAAAACAUUUUAAACAAAGAACCAACAUCAAUUGUUGUAUUCACAUUGAGUGCACUCAAAGAAGCAAAGCAUAACUUUGAUUGUCGUUUUUUUUUUUUUUUUUUUGAGUUGAUUUUUGUUACAGUAUAUCUUCCUUAGAGAUGUAUUUCUGCUUUCUUGUAACAUCAUAACACAUCAAAACUGAGUCACAUCCUGUCCUGAUCAGUUGCUGGUCAUCAUUUGUGUUUCCCAUUCUUUAAAUAUGCACAGGCCAAAAUGAAUAAAACAUGUUAAAAGAAAAUAGUCUGUGAAAGCUACAUGCAUAGAUCACCUCAUGCCCACUUAAUUAGUAAGUUUAGUUUAAAAGGUGCAUGUUUAUAUGGGAGGGUAGAUGGCUUCAGAGGACAGGAGAUUAGAUAUUGCUGCUGUGUGUGCUAAAUCUGUUAAUUCAAGAAAUCAGGACUGGAAAAUCUUUUGUUUUGUUCAGCAUUUUAUCCCAGGGAAGUAGUGACAUAACAUUGAGCCCAAAAUGUGAUCUCACCAAAGAAGAAUUAUGGUGCAUUCAAGUCCUCCUGGGAAGUUCGUACGCACGAGGUGGGAAGUCGUGCUUAUGACGGCAUGUGCGUUCAAGUCACUUUGGUCGGAGCAAGAUGGCGGAGUACAUUUCUCUUAAUUAAAAACACAAAAAUACAGCAAUGUUCUUAAACUCUUGUUGUAGAAAAUGAAGAACAAAGAAAUGUGCAUUAGGUAUACUUCGUUUUUUAAUGUUUUAAAUUAUUUUAUUAAGCCACUGCCAACUUUAUUGUUACAAUUUGCAUUGUUAUAUUAUAAUGCCAUCAUAUUAUGCAUCGUCGAUUAAUUUACUGCGCUGUAACUAGAAAAACGCCUGACAAUAUCACAGCUAAAUACCUUUAAGUAUUGUAUAUUCCGCCAUGUUAAUCACUGACACGCCCCCAACUCGUACAGAUCGGGGCUUAAAGAAAAUCCCGAGCUCCUCACUGGUAUUUACGAUAUUGUGGUGGCGUUCAUGUGCAUUCAACUCGUAAAUACGAUCUAUACGAGAUGACUUGAACGCACCAUUACAGACACAAUUGCAAGUUUGUUUUAGAGUUAGUAUUUAUUUUAUGGGUACAAAUAAAUACAGUGUAUUCAGCAAAACUUAAACGAGGUUUCAGAACUGAGAACAAAGUAUAUUUAAUUGUUAUAUCUGGACGCACUUGAUUUUUUUUUUUAACCCAAAGAAAAGCACAUUAAUAUGCAAUAUGCUACAUAACGAUAUUGCUGGGCAGUAUUGAAUCAGUGUAAACUACUAUGUUUGAUUUUCUGUUGGCAAAGAUAUUAAAAUAGGUUCACCAACUUUAUCUUAGUCCAUGGUCCAAUCUUUCAUUCUCUUCUUUAUAGAUAUCUGAGCUCAGAAUGAUUACAUCCCCCUUACUCGAUCAAAUACUAUUCAUUAACAACAGCAUUAAACAGCUGAUGUUCAAGACUGCUGAAAUAUUUUUCUAAUGAAUAGUGGGAGCUCUUAAUUGAGUUUACUACUACUUUUAUUUGAUUUGGUUUUCUGCUGGACAGUACUUUUAACAGUUAAAACAUCAAUUACCUGCUAGAUUGCAGUUAUAUUCUAUUAAGCAGAAAAUAGUUUAUUUUGUCUUGUUUGUUGGUUGUUGUGUGAUCACACACGGACAAUAAUGAUGAAUGAAGUCGUUCAUUUGUUGUAAAUCAAUGCAUUUUAGCUUUUUUAAUGCACUGGUUCAAAGAUGCAGUGUAAUUAAUCAGCACAUAAGUUAUUUUUUGUUGUAUUUAUAAUUUGUUAUGUUUUAAAAAAAUAAUUAAUACUGUUUUGAUAAGAUGCCAUUUUAUUGGCAUUUGACGCUCACUUGAAACUUGAAACUUUUGGUAGUUCUGUAGUAAUUGGCUACUGCUAUUCUGUGCUUUUUUUGUUUUGUCUUUUAUGGCUUCUAUUAAUUAGGGCAGAUGAAUAGUGUCUCCUACUUUAAUAAAAUUGGAAGUAGAUUUUUUUUCAAAAUUUAAAUUUUGUGAUCAUAUCUCCACCCUGUGGAAACAUAUUUUCACCUAAAUUUUUAAAUCUGAAAUGCAUUUUCAACCAAGCUGAUUGCUGCACCUUUAACAACUGUGGACACUUCCUUUCUCGUUAUUGAUCCACAUAUAAUGCCAGAUUAUUUAAAAAAAAUAUUAUUUUAUAAAAUUUUAACAUCAUCAUAUCUCUCCCAUAAAAUUAAAUAGAUGCUACAAAAAAGAAAUCUGAAUAAAAAUCAAUCAGUUCUUCAAAUUAAAAGCCUGCAGUAAAAUGGGAACGAUCAAAUGACAUAACACUUUAUAAUUAAAAACAGCAGGGCUCUAUAGUUAUAUAGUAUAUGUGGAUCCCUAAUUGUGACUGGACUGAGUGUUUCAUUUAAAUGUAUAGCAUAAAAAAACAGCAAUAAUGGGAUUUCAAAGUUCUAAUUUGGGUGAUUUUGUUUUGAGCUUUUACAUUUGAAAAUGAAAAUGAAGCCAUUGCACUCGCAGUUGUAACUUUCUUUUUGACGAUGGCAUUACAGAAAUGUGUUGACUCACUACAAACGCAGCGCUUGUGAUGGAUGUUGCUAAGCUCCAAUAACACUUUGCUCUUUCUUCAUUUGCGCCUAUACAAUUUACAAAGGAACUGUUAAGAGUCAAAAUAGUUCUUAUCUUAUGUUACUUGUGUAUCUGCUAGUUUUGUUUAUGUGUUCUUUAUUUAUUUAAAUUUUAAUGUUUUUUUUUUUCAGGAACAGUAUUGCGUUUUACAGUUGUUGUUUUUUUUCCUAUUCUUUCUCCUUUUCACUGUUGACAUUACUCAGAUGGAAUUAGGAAAUGUGCAAUACAAAAACAGGCAUCUCACCAGUUAAGAACCAUUGUAUUAAAGAAAACGUUGUUUUUUUUUCUCCAAUUCAGAAUAUAUCAAUGUGUGUUCAAAUAUGGUAUGCUCAAUUUUAAAACGCCCUGAUAGAUGGAAACCUUCAGUCUACCAGCCAACCAUAACUCUUUUUCUGCUUUCAUACUCUUUUUUUUUUUUUACUUAGUAAAACCUGUGAGUGACCUCACAAGCCCAUGGUGAAUAAGUAUGGAAAUAAUAGGGAAGCAUGGGUAUAUCUAAUUCUCUGAGGCAUUUGUCAGUUCAGCAUGUCAAAUCACAAAUUUGAGAUUUUGGGGCAAAUCCAUCAACAGCUAUAUGAGCACAGCACCACACUGCCAACUUCUCCACAUUCGCUUCCUCUAUCACCAUGACAAGCUUUAUCCUAAAUCCCAAUCGACUUACAUAAUGUAUCAUUGUUGGAUUUCUUUUUCAAUUUUGUUUAGUCUAUUCUUAAAAUCCAGGUUUAACCAACCCGAUCUCACGUACAUUUUUCACGAGGUGGCUUAUUCGUAAGAAUUUGUACGACCACACUUGUACAAAUUCAUAUGAUUGUUGCCAAAUCGUACGUAUUUUACGAGUUGCACAAUUCGUAUGAAUUUGUACAAAUGACCUACACCUAACCCUGCCCCUAAACCUAACCGUCACUGGGGUUUAGAGAAAUCAUAUAAAAUCGUACGAGUGAGGUCGUACAAAUUCGUACGAAUAAGCCACCUCAUAAAAUACGUACGAAUUGGCCGUGAGAUAGCGUUGGUUUAACUUUACACACCUUUUUACACCUUCAUAAAAUAAUGUGGACUGCAUAUAUUUGCUUCUCUUCCUGUCUGAAUUCAAUAUCUGAGCUUACGCCUUUGAAUUGAAAUGCUUUUACUGGGAGUUUGAACGUAAGAGUGGAGAAUUUAACUUUGGUUAAAAAUGAGGUGGGUUAUGUGUGACUGCCUUUGAGUUUUUGAUAAAGAGAAGCUUUUUUAUGAGAGUUGAAAUGUCUUCACCUUUCCUUAUUUAACAGGCCCUCUAAGGUGUAGGUUUGCUAUAGUUUCUUGCUUAAUGUUGUGUUUUCUUUUCUGUUUACCUUUUAUAUGAUCACAUUACGAUAUUAAAGGGUUACUCCACACAAAAAUGAACAUUUUGUCAUUAUUCACUGUUGUUUCAAAUCCAAAAAAACCAAUGCAUUGUUUGCUUUCAAACCAAAGAGUAAAUACACAUAAAAAACGUAUCCUUGUGCUGCGGCUGCGUACACCUCAGAUUCGACAAAAUGGCACUACGCUGAUUUGGAGAGACACAGAGGAGAGGAAUUUGGGACGACAUGGGGGUAAGUGAAUAAUGACAAAAUUUUCAUUUUGGGAUGCAGUUUCCCUUUGAGAUUUCAGAUUUUUUUUGAGAAUAUAUUGGAUAUAUUACAGGAAUGUUUCAGGUUCUGUGACAUGGUGUUGAAAAUAAUUUCAACCCAACCAAUCUCUUGAGAAAAUGUAACUAUUUUUAUGAGGUAUAGUGAUUUUGCAUGAAUGUCAUUAGGGCAGAAACAUGUUUUUAGAAAGAAAAAAAAGGACGUUUUUGUUUCACCAUCAAUUCGAAGAUCCAUGCAUUUGUAUGAUUUGUACCGAAACGUACAGUUGUAAGAAAAAUAAGUCAGCACAAAGGUCCACCUUCAUGAAUUCAUACAAUGUGAUUCAUACUGAAAUGUACAAAUUUCAGAGAACAAAAGCAUUGAGAUCCACCCUUAAUUGUAAGCAUCAAUGGGGUAAAACCACAUUGUAAAUUUUUUUUUUAUAUAGUUAGUUUUCAGAUUGGUUUUCAAAGUAUACAACACUUAAUAUUGAACCUGGAACAUCCCUUAAACUCCAGAAUUGGAAUAGAAGAAUGGAUUGUGGGUGUAUUUUUCCUGUUUGUUUGGUGUAUUCUGCGAUGGUUUGUGAACAGUAGUUAUUAAAUGGUGGAAAGAGAAGGUUAACAGAGGGAAUGUUUGUUUAUGAUGCUGGAAUAGAAGGGAAUCCAGUCAGGUAAAGCUAGACAUGAUAAAACUGCUCUAAUGGGCACGAAGAAGUGUUCCCUGUGGAAAGAAAAGCGAGGCUUUUUACGAUAAUUAGCACUUCAGAGAAGCUUCCCGCUAGCAGCAGCUCAUUAUGAUGUCACAGUGGCACUGCAUUGUCAUAAUAGCACUAGUGAGGCUCAGUGUUCUAGAAACACACUUGUUAUGUCUGUUGGAAAACUGGCUGCAACUGAAUUCAAACGGGAAACCUUGUCUCCGAAGGCCAUUGUUUCUCAAAACUCAGAUCAGAUGACGCGAUAGAUUGAUAAGAGGAAUCAUUUGAGAUUCCUGCGUCAGUGAUUGGCUUGAUUUACUGAAGCGUCUAUAUGUCAUGUUGGUGUAUAACAAAAGUUGAAAGAAUGUACGUUUGAUUGUUUCGGAUGUCAUUUUAAAGGCUUGGAAUACCUGGGAUAUGUUAGGGAAUGUAUGUGUACUCGCUGUGAUGUAUGAAGUGCUUGAAAGGAGUUUGGAAGGUUUUAUUUCUCUUUCUCUGUGUUAAUUAGCAUUUUUUGAUCAGAUGCAUCAGUGUUUGGUGUGAGGCAGCAGGGUGUGUUUAUGUGUUCACUUUGAUGCGAACAAGUGCAGAAAGGGAACAUGCUGCGGACGUCUGAUCUCUUGCUGUUUUCUGUCCCUGUCUCUGCUUGGCUGUCUGCACUAAUUACCAUUCUUCUCCACUUAAUUAACAGACACAAAAACAGCACGUGAACAGCCUUUGAACUCUUCAUUAUUAUUUCAAAAAAAUACUUUUUAAUCAAUGUACUGCUCAAGUGAUUUGUCAAGCAAAAUUGAAUUCUCAGACAGGAAGUGAAGAUGCCUACAUUAAUGUGCCACAAUGUUAUUUUGUUACAGACCAUUGGAUGUAAGGAAAAUUUUCAAACCCCUCUUGUCAUAAGAAAUGAUAGUAUGAUAGCCUUUCAAUGAUAGUAUUCAACGCUCAGCCAAAAUCUACAUUUUGUCGGCCGCUUCAGCUCUAUAGCUUCGGCUUUUAAUUUUCAGCAUUUUUGUUUUGUGUGUUUUUUGUUUUGUUUUGUUUUUUUAUUUUACAUAUUGUUUUUGUACCUUUUUAUGUUUACAUUGUAUCUUGCAUUGUCCUAAAGGAAAAAACAAUAAAAUGUAUCCUCCUUGUUCUUA